UUCUCAUUGAGUCAGUUUGCAUUUCUUUUUUUGUUUGACAGUCCUUUUUUUUAAUGAACAAUUAAAAUACAAGCGAUCAAAAUAAUUGGGAUGAACAUGGUGCAGGACAGGUUAAUGAGAGUGUAGAAAGACAGUACAGCUAAUCUUCUUAUAAAGACUUCAGGUAUUAGGUAUUAUGCUGAUCCACGGUGGAGAAAGCUGUCCUGCUGUGCGUCCCAGUUGACCUGAGCUGCUGCGCGCGCUGAGUGAGUGUGUGUGUGUGUGUGUGUGCGCGUCGGAGCUCUGCGUUCAGCCCAGCUGUUCAUCAGCACCGCGCCAUCGCCACCGCCGCUCAGCACCGCUCCCAAGCGACCUGGAAGAUGAAUCCUUUGACCCUGAGAGUAUGAGAUGUUUCAUGCUGUGACAGGGCCCUUCACACCCCAUCAUAACCUGGUGGGACACACUGGGAUAUAUUACCUGGGACAAGAGCAAAUCCCUUAGGAAAUGCACUGCAAAAUGUAUCUAACUCGGAGAAAGAGACUUCACCUGACACGGAUUGUAUUUCUCCUGUCUGGGGUAUUGCUUUGUUGUAUAUACCAGCUAACAGUAAGAGCCAGAGUACCAGGACCCUGGUCCAAACCUCAAAUUGGUGAAAACCCCACAGGUGACCAUGAAGAUCCUACUGAAGGGCUGGUACUGAAACCAGGAGUAACAGCCAAGCUGACCACCCCUGCUGUGGAAGAAGGUUUUUCAACUCAUGCUGCACAUAAACCAGACACAACUGCAUCCAACGCACCUCUAAAAACAGAGAGAGCAGAAACAACGGCGCUACACCCAGUGACCUCCACAAACAGGACAAUUGUACGCUGCAUCUAUGUAGAUCCAGAACUUCCAAAGCCCACUCCAAUUCCUACAGCAGCACCUGAACCCACUCACCCCAUACCCACAAUCAUCAUCUCUGGCCCUUCAGAGCCCCCUUACAAUAAAGGUGAAUACCCACAGGACAUCUUCUCCAUUGAAGAACGACGGAAAGGCUGGGUGACUUUGCACAUCUUUGGGAUGAUAUACAUGUUUGUUUCUUUGGCCAUUGUGUGCGAUGAGUUCUUUGUUCCUACUCUUGGCGUCAUCACUAAAAAGUUGGAGAUCUCUGAUGACGUUGCUGGAGCAACGUUCAUGGCAGCUGGAGGCUCUGCUCCUGAACUCUUCACCUCUUUGAUUGGCGUCUUUAUCUCACACAGCAACGUGGGUAUUGGAACUAUCGUAGGGUCAGCCGUAUUUAACAUCCUAUUCGUAAUAGGAAUGUGUGCUUUGUUCUCGCGAGAGAUGCUCUACCUCACCUGGUGGCCUCUCUUCAGAGACGUGUCCUUCUACAUCUUAGAUCUGAUCAUGCUCAUUAUCUUCUUCUUGGACAAUACCAUAAUGUGGUGGGAGAGCAUAAUGCUAGUGGGUGGUUAUGCAGUCUACGUCUACUUCAUGAAAUACAAUGUCCAGCUUGAACAUGCGUUUAAGUCUCAGCUCCGCAGGCACAAGAACAUCGUCAAAGUCAUCCCAGUAGAAGAGCCAGAGAAGGAAAAUGGAACAUCAGUUGAUGAAAAUUCCACUCCUGAACCAGAGGAUAAGAAUCGAUUAAAGCUUAGGCCAAUACUACAACGAGGGGGCAGUUCAGCAUCUUUGCAUAACAGCACCAUGAGGAACACCAUUUUCCAGCUCAUGAUUCACACACUGGAUCCUUUGGGUGAGGUGAAGUUUAAAGACAAGGCUCAGAUUUUGAACAGCAUGGCCAGGGGGAAAGUAGAGGGCAAAGAGAAGGAAAAAUCAGGCAAAGGUGAUGAUGGUAAAACAGAAGAGACCAAGGAAUCUAAAGAGCCAGCAGCCGCACCAUCUAACAAGGCAGACACCAAAGAAAAGCCAGAGGGACAGAAGAAGGAGAAGGAGGCAGCAGAAGGAGAAGGAGGAGGCUCGGCAGGAUCAGAAAGCUCUGAUGACAGUGAUGAUGACAGUGAAGAUGACAGUGAGGAAGACAGUGAUGAAGAUGAAGAUCAGGAAGAUGGAGAUGAAGAUGAAGAUGGAGAGGAGAAUGAGGAGCCUCUGUCUUUGGAGUGGCCAGAUACCAAACGGAAACAAGCCACAUACCUGUUUCUUCUGCCUAUUGUCUUUCCUUUAUGGCUCACAGUACCGGAUGUCAGAAACCCAGCAUCCAGGAAGUAUUUUGCCAUUACCUUCCUGGGUUCUAUAGUGUGGAUUGCUAUUUUUUCUUAUCUCAUGGUGUGGUGGGCACAUCAGGUGGGUGAAACCAUUGGCAUUUCAGAAGAAAUAAUGGGUCUCACUAUUCUGGCAGCUGGUACAUCUAUUCCUGACCUAAUCACCAGUGUGAUUGUAGCUCGGAAAGGCCUGGGAGACAUGGCUGUUUCCAGCUCUGUAGGCAGCAACAUAUUUGAUAUCACUGUUGGGUUACCAGUGCCCUGGUUAAUGUUCUCGUUUGUCCAUGGGAUGGCCCCUGUGGCUGUCAGCAGCAAUGGGCUUUUCUGCGCCAUUGUGCUGCUCUUUCUCAUGCUUCUCUUUGUCAUCUUCUCCAUUGCAGUCUGUAAGUGGAGGAUGAAUAAAAUGCUGGGCUUUACCAUGUUCAUGCUUUAUUUUGUGUUCCUUGUGCUCAGUGUCAUGCUGGAGGACCGUAUCAUUGUCUGUCCAGUGUCAAUUUGAGAAGCACUCUGACACUGUCAAAUGUCGAGUGUCAAAUGAAAUGGCAAACAUUCAACUUACAGCCAGUCAUUUGUUCUGUUUCACCUUCUAACCUACUGAGAAGAGCUAACCAUUUAGAUGUCUUCUUAUGCAUGUGUCACGUGAGGUAUGAUGCAAUAUUUGCAGUACAUACUGCUGUAAUACUUUAGCACAUAUAUACCAAUGCAAAGCUUUCUGCUUGGCAGCUUGUGACUCUGUUUGGAAAUACAGCUUUCCUGGUCUUUUUAAAGUCUGCUUGACAGCAUUACUUAUUCCAAAUAUUGUGUCUACACCACUUUGUGACCUUGUGGCUAUCUUUUGGUUAUCCGGGGCUCAUGGAACAAUUUACUACAUCACUGUUUGUGUACCACUGCAUUAGAUAUCUUUGUAUUGUUGAUCUCUGGAAACUGUAAAUAACUAAUAUAUAUUUAUAUACAGUACAGACCAAAAGUUUGGACACACCUUCUCAUUCAAAGAGUUUUCUUUAUUUUCAUGACUAUGAAAAUUGUAGAUUCACACUGAAGGCAUCAAAACUA